AUGGCUUUAACAAAAUGUUACCCAAAUGAGUUUGAUGAAGUACAGAUUCGAGACUUGAGUUAUCAACUAGAUACUUUCAUAAUUCAUAUGCGAGCUGGCAAUCCCAAGUUCUCCAACUUGCAAGGAAUUAGUGAUUUGGCAAAAGCAUUGGCUGAGACAAAUUUUGUGGAGACUUAUUCGUAUGUUUAUCUACUUGUGAAGUUAACUCUGAUUUUACCUGUUGCUACCGCAACUGUGGAGAGAGCAUUCUCAUCCAUGAAGCAGAUAAAGAAUGAAAAGCGGAACAACAUGGGUGAUCAAUAUUUAAAUGAUUGUUUAGUUUGUUACAUAGAGCGUGAUACAAUGGUGAAACAAAGAGGCAAGGGUUCUAAACAAGUUGGUCGAGGUGAAUCCUCCCGGGGACGGAAAUAG